CUCUCUCUCUCUCUCUCUCACACACACACACACACAAUGCUGAUGUACUGAUGUGGUACACUCCACACACACUCAGCACCGCUCCUCUGAUCUCCACGCGAUUGACUUCAUCAUCACAACUAGAGCAGGAUGUGUGGUGUGGAUGUGGAUCUGGACGAUGACGGCGUGCAGGACGAGUGUGAAGUGGAGGAAGUUUCCCAUGAUGCCGUGCAUUUGUUGGCCCCACCUCCGGCAGAGUGUGACGGAGAGGCCUGGGGGGCACGGCGGGGUCGUGGUGUGUGUGUGCUGUGUGGCCUGAUGCUGGCGCUGUGGAAUGUGGGAGUGGGCAUGGCCUGUAUGAUGCUGCUGUGUGUGGUGUUCACACUGGUGUUAACACCACCAACACUCCUACUGUACACUGGCUUCCUGUGUCAUACACGGGUCCUAGCUUCCCCAUCCCCACUCUGCAGUUACCUUGACGACAACAGUUGUUCUGCCCUCAUCAUCUUAGGCUUCGUAAUGAUGUCACCGUUAGUCGUAGUUGCUGCAGCUAUCUUCUGCACCUUGCUCAGAAGGUUUCAUGUCCUUCAGUUGUUUCAGCCAAUCAAUGCAGCUCGAUACAGGGGGCGGGGCUUCAGCUGGAGACGGGACGUCCAGGCUUGGGUCUGAAUUGACGGUUCUGUGAACGGAAACUUUAUUGUCAAUACCUGUAUUGUUAAAGCUGAUUUUGUGCUAUAAAUAUGAAUUGAACACACACACACACACACACACACAUACACACACUCAGAUAGACAGUACCUGUUAGCGGCUAAAUCGCUAAUCACACCAUAGAAGUAAG